CCCAACUUAUUUACAUCUUCUCAAACGAAAGUGACGUCUGGCGAGCAACCGAGAGUGUGGAGCUCUGGGAUAGAUGAGAACCCAAUGUCUAGGCCACUCCUUGGUCUAGGCGCUUGUGUCUGUCCGUAACUAUUGUUUUGGUCCGUAGCUUAUGGAGGUGAGGUUUUGCCAAGUUCGUUGUUUUAGUUUUUCUGUUACUCAAUGCUGAACUUCCAUUUCAAAAAUGAAUUAUGCUUCGUAUAAAAAGCCUGAGACAUCAGGUAAAUUUCAUAUAAAGCCCCAAUUAACUAUAUGAGAUUUUAGCUGUCAAAACUUAAUAGUUAACGGUUUUUUAUAUUUCAUUUAACAAAAGCAUAUUUUCGAAUAAGCAUGCCAUUUCCUCCAAAACAUGCAAUUAAUAAUAGCGUUAAAAUGUGUGUUGCCAUGCUAAAGAAACUAGUUUGUAAAUGAGAAAACAGACAUUUUAUGAUAUAUGUAACAGCUAAGCUACGUGGAUGAAUUUGAUAAAUGCAUAUGGAUAGCCACACCUAUAAGGAAAAGUAUGGAUGUGAAGCUUGUAUCAAAUCAUUUGCAAAAAAGCGAGAUUUAAAGCAACAUAUAAUGGUUGUACAUGCAGAUGAGAAACUUUAUGCAUGUGAUGUAUGUGCCAGUUCAUUUGCAGAAAAGUCUUAUUUACGGAAACAUUUGCUUAUUCAUGCAGGGAAAAAACGUCAUAUAUGUGAGAUCUGUAAAAAGUCCUUCUUACGAAAAGAGCAGCUGGUAUCUCAUGCACGUACCCAUUCCGGAGAGAGACCUUAUACAUGUAUUACAUGUCACAAGUCAUUUUCUUCAAAGCAGAAUUUAGUGAGACAUGGACGUGUUCACACAGGAGAAAAACCUUACAUAUGUACUGUGUGUAAUAAGCCAUUUUCAGAACAAUCUGUGCUACGCAUGCACGUGCGUUUACACACAGGAGAGAAACCUUUUGCGUGUGAUAUGUGUGACAAGGCAUUUACACAAAAGCAGGCCUUAAGGUCACACAUGCUUAUUCAUUCAGGGAAAAGACCAUUUUCAUGUGAUGUAUGCAAGGAGACAUUUGCACGUAAGCAGUAUUUAACAAAGCAUUUAUUUAGCCACAAAAAAAUUAUAUGUUAUAUAUGUAAUGAAUCGUUCACACAGAAAUGUGAUUUAGAAGCACAUAUACAUAUUCACAUGAAAAACAAACCUCAAGACUGUUCUCUAUGUGACAAAUCAUUCAUAACAAAAUAUGAUUUAGAAAAACAUAUACAUACGCAUACACAAAAGAAAUCUCAUAUAUGUUUUAUAUGUAAUGAAUCAUUUGCACUUGAGAAGACUUUUGUGGAACAUUUAUAUAUCCAUAAUGAGGAAAAAUAUGCUUGUGAUGUAUGUAAUAAGUCAUUCAUACAAAAGUGUGAUUUAAUUGAACAUCUGCGUGUUUAUACAGGAGAAGAGUCUCACAGAAUUGAUAUAUGAAACAGGCUGUUUAGAUAAAAGCUUGAUUUGUUCGUCAUAUUCAGAUUUGAAGGGGGAAUGUGUAGUUUUCAUGGAGGGUUUGUUUAUUCAAAAUGGCAGAGGAUAUAAGAAUUAUCUGAUUAUGGAAACUAUUUUAAGAGAAAAAAAACCUAUCUUUAUUCAAAUGACAUGCAUCGCAGCCAAUUCAUAGCUAAAAUUUAUUAUUGAAUAUGAAUAAAAUUGGUUCUUCCAUAUUAUUACCUUAGAAGGGUUAGUCUUGAGCAGCAUUUUGCAUAGGAUCACUAUGCAAACUAUAAACUGCUGUAUAACUUGUGAAAUUGUUGCCACCAAAUAUUAUUGCCCUGUACUAUAUUUAAAGAAAUUAAAUAAUGACAAAUCUGCAUGAA